AUGUCGGCCGAUCUAUCAGCGGGCCAAUCUUAUGGGCGAUCUGCCGGAUUGACGCUUAAUCUCUCGUCAAACAACCCCUUUCGCAACCGUGCUGCGUCGCCUAAUAGCGGCCUCAGUCCCAACUCCAACUCCUUUUCCCCUCCGCCUCCCCAUUCUCCCUUCGACGAUCCUCCCGCCGAACGACCAGUCUCGAGAAACCCAUUCUUUGACAACACAGAAAGCACUCGAGGACAGCCUCUGAAGUCACCAGCAAGCAUGGCAUCCUCUGCUCCAGAUAACAGAAAGUCGCCAACUGCUGAAGAGUUGUUUGACAAAUUGAUUAUCAUUGACGAUGACGAUAAGCCCGCGGGCCAGCCUGCAUCGAAGCCUGCACCACCCCGACCAGAUGGCGCUCGAGGCCCCCCACCACCCAGAGGCCCCCCAGGUGGUCCUCGCGGUCGAGGUCCCCCGCCGCCAGGACACCGACCAACCCGAUCGCAAGAGGAGGCUAUGAGAGCCCGUCGAAUGCAAGAAAAGGCCGGCCAGAGCAGCGACAGAAAGAACAUGGAUUCUCCCAUGAAGCGCCCAACCGAGCGACGACCUCGCCGCAAUUCUGACUCGUCCCUCAUGGAGAAGCCUUUAACUGAGGAGGAGAAGAAGGCAAAGGAAGCGCGUCGCCGCGAGCGCGAGAGACGCCACAAGGAGAGGAGCAAGACUGGCAAGCCCAGCAAGAGACUUGAUCUUAUUGAUCAAUUGGAUGCCACGAGUAUCUAUGGAACAGGAUUGUUCCACCACGACGGACCUUUUGAUGCCUUGAUCCCUCACCGCAACCGCAACGGUACCCGGCAUGCACCAAUGCAGGCUUUCCCCAAGGACUCUCUCAACAUGGCCCUGGGCGGCUCCGGUCCUCUCAACGCCAAGCCUGAUCACAAGACUUUGAUGGGUCAGCACGACGAGGAGGCGUACCUUGACUACAAUGCUUCCAGAAAGAACGAGGCGCCAUUCUACGAGCCGCCAGUAGGCUCAAGCAAGGAGGCCAAUGUUUUCGAUCCCCAUGCACGUGCCUCGGUUUUGCACGGCGAUGAGUCUCUUGGUCUUGGAACUUCGACUUUCCUCGAGGGAACUCCUGCUGCCCAGACCGCCAUUCAGAGGCGUGAAGCCGAGACCGCACAGCAGAGCAUGGAGCAAGGUCUGCAGAGAAAGAAGUCGCUGGCUCAACGCAUCCGUGGUAUCAACCGUGGUCCCCGCGAUAUGAACAACCGUGGCCGCAUGACCAACCCCGACGGCGCAUAUGGACCACGGUCUGGAGAGCUGCCCAGCGGUAACAGUACGGGCGAGAGAAACCCCUUCUUCAGCGACUUCGACAAGGCCGAGGAGCGCAUUUCAGUGAGACGCCAGGACUCUGGCCCCAUGUCUCCUGGAUCUCCUAGCAGCCCUCCUCGGGGCUACAACCUUGAGCGCCGCUCCACUGCUGAUGCUUCGGCCCCUGAGCCCUCGAAGCCUUCGGGUGGUGGUCUUCUCAACCGCGUCAAGAGUUUGAAGGGCGGAAGGCGACAGCGACCAGAGAUACCCACGCAAGCAGCUCCGACAUACACCCCUCCGACUUCAUCCUAG